CUAAACUAACUAACAAAAUGGCCACCUUGAGCGAUGGCGUCAUUGAUUGUUCUCCUUCCAAAAAACCAAAAUUGGACGAAAACUCUGAAAAAUGUAAAGACGGCAUUCAUGAAACCCUCGCAGACUUGUCAACAUUUCAAUUAGAAAAAGUCCUACACAAUAAUACAAACCGAAAAACUGUGUGCCUUAAAGGAAAGUUCGCCUCCAAAAAUGGGGACGCUUUAGUGCUUCUAGAGAAAACAGCUUUUGCCGAGGAGAAUCUCAAAGAAGACAGUGACUAUUUUACAAAGUAUAGUUCAUUGGAAAAAGUGUUUCAUAACGACAUUUACGGAAAUUACAAUUAUUUCCCUAAAAUUAACCUCAACUCAAUUAAAGCCACGAUUAUACAUCCGGCCACUGAAGAGCAUUUUGUGAAGUAUUCGCAACAGAAUUGUUGCAUCAUUGACGAAACUCCGGAAAUUUAUCAAAAAAUUGUCUUGCCUCAUAUCACUUCACAGCAGUUUGAUUUAGCCUGGGUUUACAACAUUUUGGAACGCAAAUCAGAGUCUGAUAGAAUAGUUUUUGAAGACUCGGAUCCAAACACAGGCUUUAUUUUACUACCUGACUUGAAGUGGAAUGGUGAAGUUGACACACUUUAUUUGUUAGCUGUUGUCCACAAGCGUGAUAUUAAAUCGCUGCGGGAUCUAACAGGGGCCCACUUGCCAUUACUCAAAAAUAUACAAAAGAAGGGCAUUGAAGCCAUCAAUUCAAAGUAUGGACUUGAUGGCACCCAACUGAGAAUAUAUCUGCAUUACCAACCAUCAUUUUACCAUCUACAUGUACAUUUUACUUAUAUAAAACAUGAAGCACCUGGAAUUUUGGCCGAAAGGGCUCACUUAUUAUCUAAUGUAAUAAGUAACAUUGAAUUGUUGCCAGAUUAUUACCAAAAAGUGACUCUACCGUUUGUCGUCAGGGAAAACGAUAAUUUGUACAAAAAACUUAAAGUUUAG